GAAAAAUACAGCGGAAGGGACUUAAAAAGCCAAAUAAUAAUAAUACAUUACAACACAUGUGUAAAACUACAUAUAUAUACACAAACACACAUAUAUACACAUAUUCACAAACAUAUACACACGCAAAGCACAUAUACACAGAUUGGGCCACAGCAACGCAUGGCAGGGGACAGCUAGUAACCAGGGGCGGCUCAAUCCAUUACGCAAAGUAAGCAUUUGCAGUAAAGUUGAUUUUGCCCAGGAGACUAGGACACAACAAAACAAUGGCUUCAAACUACAGGAAAGGAGAUUCCACCUGAACAUUAGGAAUAACUUCCUGACUGCGAGAGCUGUUCAGCAGUGGAACUCUCUGCCCCGGAGUGUGGUGGAGGCUCCUUCUUUGGAAGCUUUUAAACAGAGGCUGGAUGGCCAUCUGUCGGGGGUGCUUUAAAUGCAAUUUUCCUGCUUCUUAGCAGAACGGGGUUGGACUGGAUGGCCUAAGAGCAGGGGUGGCUCAACCCAUUACGCAAAGUAAGCAUUAGCAGUAUAGUUGAUUUUGCCCAGGGGAACUCUUGGGGAAAAAUAGACCUUGACAUAUGCAAGUUGUAGUUAUUGGGAUGUAUAGUUCACCUACAAUCAAAGAGCAUUCUGAACUCCACCAAUGAUGGAAUUGAACCAAAUAUGGCACAAAGAACUCCCACGAUGAACAGAAAAUAUAUAUCAGUGAUUGGUUGGGGAGGUGGGGUGCCAAAAUACUGUUUGCUUACCGUUGAAAAUUACUUAGGGCUGCCUCUGCUAGUAACAUAUAUAAAUGUCUGUUUUACUUGUACAAAACAUGUCAGCUUCCUUUUGCAGCUUACCAUGAGCUGUCGUCCUUUCCAGCUGGAUUGAAUAAAAUACCUCGGUGGCUUCUUCUUCAACUGGUGAGACUUCUUGAUUGGGAAUCCUACUAGAAUGGUUCGAUUUGUCUCUAGAUGUCUGUUGUAGGAGGAGACUCGCCAAGAGAGAGUUCUCCUGAGCUGUGCCUUUAAGAUUCUGCAUGUGUUUCCAGCUCACUGUCUUUCCCAUAUUUUGAAGCACGGGCAGGCAAGAACAGCCAAAGCAGGAUGUCAGAAGCUGGAUUAUCACCGAAGAAAAAUGCAAAAUCCUGCAAGAGGUCUAAAACUUUGAAACGCCACACCAGCAUCUACGCCUAUGCAGAACCACCUGGAAGCAAUUCAGAUGAAGACAAAGGAGAGGAAAAGGUCGACAGUAAUGACCCAGAGCAGAUCUUCCAGAACAUACAGUUCCAGAAGGAGAUCAUCGCCAACAUCCGUUGCAGACCGUGGCCCAUGAGGCAGAAACUCAGGGCACUCAGGCAAGCGAAAGAAAUUGUGUUGAAGUACGAAGGCCGCCUGACUCGGACAAGAGGCUACCAGGCAGCUGGAGCAGAGCUCUGGCGUAAAUUUGUUCGGCUCGCAUACAACUUUAUGGUCAUCUUUAUUCCUUGGGAAAUGAGAAUCAAGAAAAUCGAAAGCCAUUUUGGUUCCGGAGUCGCAUCUUACUUCAUUUUUCUGAGAUGGUUGUUUGGUAUCAAUAUUGUCCUCACCAUCAUGACAGGAGCCUUUGUUGUGUUACCAGAGAUCCUGGCUGGAGACCCUUUUGGAACCACUCCCAGCAAACGCAUCCCGCAGGACCAACUGAAAUCAGCACAAGACUUGGAUACCAUCUGGUCUUUGGGGGGUUAUCUCCAGUAUUCCGUUUUAUUCUAUGGCUACUAUGGCCAGGCAAGAAAGAUUGGAACGGCUGGCUAUCGACUGCCACUUGCAUACUUCCUUGUUGGGAUGGCCGUCUUCGCAUACAGUUUCAUCAUCCUUUUAAAGAAGAUGGCUAAAAAUUCAAGAAUGAGCCUUGCAAGUGCCUCUGAUGAAAAUUACACCUUUUGCUGGAGAGUGUUCUGUGCCUGGGAUUAUCUUAUUGGCAACCCUGAGGCUGCAGAGAGCAAAUCUGCGGCCAUUGUUAACAGCAUCAGGGAAGCGAUACUAGAAGAACAAGAGAAGAAGAAAAGCACAAAUAUGGCAGUGACUAUAACUUUGAGGAUCAUUGCAAAUAUCCUUGUGCUGCUUUCUCUCGCCGGAAGCAUUUACAUCAUUUACUUUGUGGUGGAUCGAUCCCAAAAGUUAGAGCGGACGAAAACAGAGUUGACUCUCUGGGAGAAGAAUGAAGUGAGUGUUGUUGUCUCGCUCAUCACAAUGCUUGCCCCGUCUGCCUUUGAACUCAUAGCUGCGUUGGAGAUGUACCACCCGCGAACCACUUUACGGUUUCAGCUUGCCAGAGUUCUUGUCCUGUAUCUGGGAAAUCUUUACAGCUUAAUCAUUGCCCUUCUGGAUAAAGUUGACCUUAUGAGCAUUGCAGAAACAGAAGUUCACAACAAUGGAAACAACACGUUGGAAGCCCCCAACUUCUUAGCUACACAAACAGUUUUGGGACACAACUUUUCUACAACUCUUCCCAAUGUACAUCUGACGAACAGCACUUUCCUUCUUGUUGUGAACCACACUCAUAGAAUUAGAAAUGCUGUUCCAGGGAAUAUAAACAUGAUAAAUAACACAGCGCCUCCUGAAUCCAGCACCCAAAGUCACCAGAGUCAAUGUUGGGAGACAUAUGUUGGCCAAGAAAUGUUGAAACUGUCCAUCAUUGAUAUGCUGUUCACAGUGGCAAGUAUCCUGUUGAUUGACUUCUUCCGUGGGCUAUUUGUUCGAUACUUGAGCGAUUAUUGGUGCUGGGAUUUGGAAAGCAAGUUUCCGGAAUAUGGAGAAUUCAAAAUAGCCGAAAACGUUUUGCAUUUGGUCUACAAUCAAGGGAUGAUUUGGAUGGGAGCGUUCUUUUCUCCUUGCCUCCCAGCAUUCAAUGUUCUCAAGCUGAUUGGCCUUAUGUAUCUUCGGAGCUGGGCAGUGUUAACAUGCAACGUACCUCACCAGCAAGUCUUUAGAGCUUCAAGAUCCAAUAACUUCUACUUGGCGAUGCUGCUUUUCAUGCUGUUUCUGUGCAUGCUUCCCACCAUAUUUGCCAUUGCCCGUUAUAGGCCAUCAUUUCACUGCGGGCCAUUCAGUGGGCAAGAAAAAAUAUAUGACAUUGUGUCGGACACCAUCAAAGCCGACUUCCCUGUCUGGUUCAACAAAGUGAUGACUUAUGUGAGCAGUCCAGUGGUGGUCCUCCCAGCUUUAUUGCUUCUCUUCAUGUUAAUUUAUUACCUGCAGAGUAUUGCAAGAUCGUUAAAAUUCACUAACAAUCAACUAAGGAUGCAAAUCCAGAAUGAAAGAACGGAAGAUAAGAAAAAAGUGGCAGCAGUGAGAAUCCCAGCCACAGAAGACAGUGACAAAAGACCAGAGCUGGACAGCGAUGGCCAGGAAUCUUUGGCUCGGUCUGUGACGCCCAGGAAAAAUGGCAGCGUGGUGAAUUAUGAAUCGCCCAAAAACAAGCAAAUACCAACCAUCUCUCAGUCUGUGCAACAACCUGAAGUACUAAAGCCAGUCAGCCCAAACCUAGGAAAUCCUACCAUACCUGUAGCUCCAAUGCCUAUCGCUCCUUCCCCUCCAACGCCUUCUCUUCCCAUUGGAGACAAGCCCAGAAAAGAACCAGUUCCUAGGAGAUACCCCAGCGUGCACGGGAGUGCAAGCGAACUCUGCAGAGCCAAGGCUUAUACCCCUUCGAAGUACAAGAAGCGCGUAGAUGUCCAUUCAGAACCCCUUUUUAGGAAGAGCAUCCGGCAAAUGAACCCAGAGGCCCGAAGUGCUGCCAGAGUCCCUUCUUUCGCAGGCCGCAGAGCUCACACGGCCAGGUAUUUCAUCGUCAACGAGCACGAGCCUCCUGUGAAAAUCCUCCGCUCAAAUACACAGGUGCCCAGGAAUUACAAAAUAGACGAAUCAGGGAACGUAGUGGAGCUGUAUCCGAGAAACUUCCGGGGAUACAUGGUUCGGCCACCUCACCGGGUGUACUCCAUGCAUUUCAGUGAAGAUGAGGAAGAGGACGAGUUCAGGAGAGGCAUGGCCAAAAAGUCCCAUCGCCCAAGGUCGCUCUCCGAUCUCCGAAGAGCCCCUCACGUCUACAUUGGCGAGUGCGCCAACAACCAAAUUCUGAGCAACAAGGCUUUGGCAAAAAUGCACUACCGGUCUUGGGAAGACAACUUUGGGCUUAUGUUUGACCGGCCUCCACACCCCCAGAGGAAGAUACACAUGAAGAACGUUGACCUGGGCCAGUCCUAUCCAGAACACUACGUGAAACCGAAAUCCAAACACAAACCUGAACCAUCUCCAACUGAGUCGGACUCUCUUUCCAGCAGUGAUCAGCCAAGUUGCAAUGACCAAUAUAUUCAGGUCAUUCACAGUAAAGAGAAGGGUCCAUCUGGGGAAAAACUGGUCAGGAAGAAAUCCAAGACUGCUGUUGAUUUAAACAUGGCUGAAGCGAAUGAACUGAUAUGCUCAAAUGUGUAGCUAAGUGGGGAAAUCAUAACAGACAUGUACCAGUCCUAUAUUGUGCCCAAAUUCAUAAGUUAAUGUACUGUAUUUUAGGAAAAUUAUGGGGGAGGUGGGGAAUUAUUGCAUGUAUGAAGCAAUUUUAUUUUUACUGGGGUUUGAUAGACUGAAUUAUAGUGCUGGAAUCUUGCACUGGAUAAAUAUAUAUUAAACUGCAUGUCAAGCUAUCUACGAAUAUAUAGUGACUUAAAUGCA